CGACUCUAGAUAAUGUGGAUUAAUUAGGCAUGAAUCAUUGUUUCUUCCAAAACAGGCUCACGUGUUGGAGUCUUCAAGCAAACUUCAAAACAGACCGUUCAUCUGCCUUUUUGUGAAGUAAGAUAAAAGGUUUUACUUGAAUUAAGAGAUUAGGAAAUUAAGCCGCGAACUUUGUUUCAUCAGCCGGAAACAACCGGAAAUAAUCAGUGUCUAGCUGGAUGGUUAUCUAAAGUUUACGUUCGUCUGUCGAUGGAAUUGCAUUGCCAGGAGCAAAACCUGCUGUGAUAGAGGCUUUAGUUAGUAAGGCACUUGGCAUGAGAAGAAUGAAUCUUUCUAUGGUCUCUUGUUUUUUCACGUGUCAGUACCCGAAGGUAAAUAUUAAUUCUAUCAGUUCCUAAAUGUCACGGUCAGCAUAACGUUUCAUGAAGAGUAAGAAAAACGGGAAUCUUAUGAGGUUCUCGUGCAUAUUGAGAAUCCUUUACAGUAGUAGUAGCAGUGGUGAAGUCACUUACUAGUGACCAAAAACGUUACGUUUAUGAUAACAAAGUAGUUACCAAUCUACGUUUUCAAGAUAAAGUUAUGGCCAAUGUUAGGAUCACAGAAAAAUCAUAUUGGAUUUAUCGUUAGUAGACAUUAUAUCUAAAAGUUCAUUUUUUUCUGAAACUUAUCAGCUAUUUUCAAAGCUCCGUCAGUUAAGUUAUUGCGUAGUAGAUAUUUCAGAAGUGGUUGACCUUUAACAAAAAGAAAUCUAGCUAAGCGUGCCAGUAGCUGUCCACAGGUUUGCACAGACGAAACCAGUCUGAAGCUGGCUUUCUCGGUGGUUCGUGGUUACCUACUAGCCCCCAUCAAGUGAGCCCCAUGUUCCUCAAUAGAGCGAUGAGGUACUACAGGUUCUGGAUCUACUCCUGUAACCUGGCUCUUCUCCUUAGCGUUAUCAUCUUUGUCUCCUUAGCUGCGUGGACCUUUUCCGAUUAUAGAAUGGCUUUCUUUCCUACUAUUCGUUUUCACCAUCCCACAUUCAUCUACGCUUAUUUAGCCCUUAUUCUUCAAGGUGGGAUUCUUCAAGCUGUUGGUUGCUUGGGUGCUUUAAAGCUAAACGAGCGACUGAUUAAUAUAUAUUGGUCUCUCAUGCUGAUGCUUCUUGUAGGUGACGUCAUCAUUGGUUUUGUGUGGAUCUUCCAUUAUAAUCACAUCGCGUCUCACUUACUCAGCGAUCUGAGAGCGAGAUUACAAACAGAUUACGGUAACAGUUUAGACUACCAGGUUCUCUGGGAUCGUAUUCAGCGAGAAGAACACUGCUGUGGUGUAAACGAACCACAAGACUUUAAUCUAUCCGUAUGGAUCACUGGACAACGACGUGAUUUUUUGCGAUAUCACCAGGUGGUGCCACUGAGUUGCUGUAAAGAGCAAUCGGGAGACUCGUACGUACAGAAUGAUCUCGAGAAUCGCACGUGCGUUCAAAACUACACAGGAUAUAAUGUGUAUCAAGAAGGUUGUUACGGUGCUGUGUUUAGGUGGUUUCAACGCAGUGCAGAUAUGCUGUCCGUGCUGGGUUUCUGUGUUAUUGCUUUUCUUAAAGUGUGUUUCUUAGGAAUUCUCCGUUACGAGAUUCGCGAAAUGAUCCAAAAGAUCAAGAUUUUGAAAGAGAUAGACGAAACGUCGUCGACACAUGCAGCUGAGUCCCACAUCAACAUUCCAAGGUCAUCGUUUCAGAAUGAUACUUCUUGUCCUGACGUGCGCGUGGGAAACUACGUGACUUCGUACAAUAAUCACGUGGCGUCAGAAUCCCCUACUAAAGAUAAAGCUACCAAUGGAAACAACAAUGAUUCUGGACAAAUCGGACCUCUCGAAUUAUAAGAAACUUUAUUCCAUAAAGUAAUCAAAGUAUGAGAGCAAAGUAUAUAAAAUGGUUAUUCUGAAGUAAUUCGAAAUAGGUAAUAGACAUUGAUAUUUCAGGCAAAACUUGUAUCAUUGAAUAUUUACUUAAAUUUUUUGAACCGUGUUGAAACUGCUAUACUUAGUAAACAUUACGUUGACAGACGAAGGCUAAGAGUAGAAUUAAGUCUGUACAGUAGAAUAAGAAAUAAAAAAACAGUAACAAUUGAAAUAACUUUAUUAUUUUAUGUAGGUAUAAAUAGAAAAAUGUAUUUUUCAACAACAUGUAAGUUAUUGUUAUAGUCAUUGUUAUCAUAUUUCUGUCUUCGGUAUAAUGCAGCAAACGUUUAAGAGUAAUGUGACGCAUAUUUUGCUAAAUAGAGAAGUGAAAAUAGUUUGUUGUUUGCUGUAAAAAGAAGCGAAAAUUAUGUAAAAAAACAAAGAAACGCAAAAUAGUCUUUGCUACGGUAGUCGAUGUUCAGUUAUAUAAUUAGUGAUUUUUAAAGAGUCUUGUUGAGUCAAACCAGUGUAGUUUCAAUCUUCGUAUUCGUGAUCACAAAACAGAACGAUGACGUAAUAAAGAAUGUGUUGUUUAUAUAUACAUAUAUAAAUAUGUAUGUAAAAAAGUAUAAAAUCUGAGUAAGUAAUGCCACUAUUUAUUUCGCGCAAUAACAUUGAUACAAAUAUAAAAGAAAUGUUUUUGUAGGUUGAUAAUGUAGUAUGAAGUAAGCUAGUUGGAUGUUACAAAGUUAUUCUCGUUCUUAUGUUUGUUGUUCGCUACCGCCCUCUACGAAGAAGAUUUACAGUUAUUACUAUUUACACUGUAUUUAUGUUUCCUUUUUCUAAAUCGAAUAAAGUAAGCUUUCUAUCAGAUUUAACCUCAUCUAUGUUAUACUUAAACAAGAACUAUAGUAUAUACCCAAAACUACCAUAAAUUAAAACUUAGGUUGGAUUUCUUUUUUUUUUUGUACCAUGGUGAUUUAUUUCACUCGUGUCAAUUCCAAUGUGAGCCAUUUUAUAUAUUUAUAAGUUUGUAAUUAGUCGUUUUUUUUUAUAUGUAAACAAAGAUACAAGUCUAGAAUGUUAUAAUUGAUAUUAUAAAAGUUUAAAAAAUAUUCAACUGAAUAGAAAGGGUGUCAUAAUUGUUAAUGCUGCCCUGGCGGUAACCAAGACAGUUAACAAGCAUCGGCUUCUAAAGAUGGCUACUGCUAUUCCUCUGAGAUCAACUCUAAGCAGUGGCGCCAUCUAAGCAAAAUAUUGGGGGGGGGCAAAGUUUAACCCUGAUUUCUACAAAAUACAUGAAAUGUAAGAACAACGUAAGAGCCAGAGGGUUAUGAGGAACAACAACGAACAUGGAAAUUUCGACUUUGUACUUUAUAUAUAUUAAUAUUAGUCAUAUCCCAUAAAUAUAGCCCAUUAACCAGAUUUUUUUACAUUUCUAAAACCAAAAUUAAAGCUUGGGUGUGGCGACUUCUCUCUCCCCAGCCUCCUAGUGCUACAGCGGUAUGUCUGCGGACUCACAACGCUAGAAACCGGGUUUCGAUACCCGUGGUGGGCAGAGCACAGAUAGCCCGUAUAGUGUGCUUAACUUCAAAUAAACCCUUAAAAACCCUCCCCCGCCACAAAUUGGCGCCACUGAUUAUGAUAUUUCCCGCGCAACAUUCUCGUACUUGAAAUGGAUACACCGUCUCUUGGAAACUUAAAUUAUGAAUUGAUAUCACGGCGUUUACUAUCAACCAUGAUAUAUGGUGGUUCGUCUGAAAAACAAAUUGAAAUAAAUUAGUUGAUUAUGUUCCAAUUCAUAUACCUCAUCUAUGACAUAAGAGAUUUUAAAGUGGGUAGGUGGCGCCCCAAAGAAUUCAACCUUAGUUUAUUUUGAUAAUUACGUAUGCGAAUUUCAUGUUUAUUUUUUUGCGAAUUAAACUGCGAUUAACAUCGAUAGUGAACACUAUUUCAAGUAGUAAAUUAUUAAUAUGAAAAAAUACCUCAUUAUAACAUUAAUAUUAUAAGAUCAGAAUAUGGCUUCCUUUCUCUUUCAUACUUUUCAAUUGAUCAAUCUUUGUUGUCGCCACGUUUUCCACAACCUGAAAUCUAAAGAAAGAGAGUACUUUUAUUCCACCUUAAAAGAGGAAUUGAACAAUCCAAUCUUAGAUGCCAAAGAUAUGCGUUUGUUUCAGUAAUUUGAAACCUAUAGGUAGACCUACCUCUUACCCUAAUUGGUUUAGUAUUAAACAAACCAAAGCCCCGAUCCUAUGGCGAACUUUCGAUAUCUCACUACUACAAAGGCUUGGUUUGAUAUUUCAUUGGUGGUAGUGUCCAGAGUCACUGAUGAGCAGUGGAAUUCUCCGAAACUAGUCUGGCU